UGUUGGCCAUGGCUUCUCUUCUCUCAAUCCCGCCAUCAAACCCUAACCCUAACCCUAACCCUAACAAAUCCAAACUUUUCACUAAAACCUCUUCUUCUUUCUCCUCUGCCAAGAUCCCUUCUUGGAUCUCUCUCAAUCCCUCCAUUGCAAGCAAUCCAAGCCAAAAUGGGCUCCUUGAGAACCUUCACCUUCUCUCACUCUCCAACCAAGGGAGGUUCCAUGAAGCCAGAGACUUCCUCCAGUUCAUGGACUCCUCCAACAUCCCCAUCAAAUCCCGUUUCUUCAAGCCCCUCCUCCAAGCCUGUGGAUUCUGGAACUCUAUUGACACUGGGAGGCUUCUCCAUAACCACAUUAUCAAGACCAAUGGAAGGAGAAACCCAGAUGGGUUUCUUGGCAACUGCCUUAUCCGAAUGUAUAUGGAUUGCUCUUGUUUUGAUGAUGCUCGGAAGGUGCUUGAUAAAAUGCCUGAUAAGAGCCUGAAUAGUUGGGGCAUCAUGGUGUCCAAUUAUGCUAACUUCGGGCUCUUUCAAGAGGCUAUUGAUAUUGUGUCCGAGAUGAGGUUGGCUGGUUUUGUUCCUGAUUGUGUGGUUUUCGCCAGUUUGCUACAGGCUUGCUCGAGUCCUUCGGAGCUUGAGAUUUGUAAACAAGUGCAUUCGUAUGUGAUUAGAGCUGGUUUCGUUCCUGAUGCUUCAAUUGAUUAUGAGCUCAUUAGAGUAUAUGCUGAAUGUGGGUGUUUGGAGAGUAGUGUGCUUCUUUUUGAUCGAAUGCCGGCGAGGGAUGCUGCAUCCUGCACUAAUUUGAUGGUUGGUUACACUAGAGCAGGGAAACAAGUUGAGGCAUUGGCUGUGUUUGAAAGGAUGAUGAGGGAAGGUGUUGAAUUGGAUCAGUUUGUGUUUUCAAUUGCAUUAAAGGCAUGCUCAUGUUUAGAGGACAGGAAAGCGGGAACGCAGAUUCAUGCAUUCAUAGUGAAGUUAGGACUGGAUUCCGAUGUUUCUUCUGGUCCUCCAAUUGUGGACUUCUAUGCCAAGUUUGGGGAUAUGGUUCGGGCUCGUCUUGCCUUUGAUAAAAUUUUGCAACCUAACGAUGUUGCUUGGAGUGCUAUAAUAUCUGCUUAUUGUCAAUUCAGUAUGUUUGAGGAUUGCUUGAAGAUGUUCGGACAUUCGAGAAAAAGAGACAUGGCUAUGAAUCCGUCAAUAUAUACUAACCUUUUUCAAGUUUCUGCAUCCCUUGCUGAUACUAAUUCUGGUACUCAGUUGCAUGCUGAUGCAAUUAAGAGAGGGCUUGUUUCCAUGCUCUAUGGAGAGAGCGCAUUGGUUACAAUGUACUCAAGAUUGGGUGACCUAGAAUACGCACGCAGGGCAUUUGAGCUCAUAGCUAAGCCUGAUACUGUCUCUUGGACUGCUCUAAUUACAGGCUGUGCUUAUCAUGGGCAGGCAUUGGAAGCCUUGAGACUUUUCAAGAAGAUGAUAAGCUGUGGUGUCAAGCCAAAUGCGAUUACAUUUAUUGGCAUUUUGACAGCAUAUAGCCAUUCAGGGUUAGUAUUGGAGGCAACAGAGUGUUUGGACACAAUGAACUCUGUUUAUGGGGUCAAACCGACCAAUGAUCACUACAAUUCUAUGAUCGAUGUUUACUGCCGUGCAGGCCAAUUAGAAAAAGCAUUUUCAUUAAUCAAAUCAGGUUUGUUUGAGCCUGAUGCAUUGAGUUGGAAAAUUAUGCUAGGUGGGUGCGCUACUCAUGGAAAUGCAGAUUUAGGAAAGAUUGCUGGUGAGAAUUUUCUGAUGAUGGAACCGAAUGAUUCUGCGGGUUAUGUUCUGAUGUUUAACAUGUAUGCUUCAGCAGAAAAAUGGGCAGAAGCAGCACUGGUCAGAAAGACGAUGAAUGAAAGAGGAAUCAGAAAGGAGGUGAGCUGCAGUUGGAUUAGAGUUGAAGGCAAGUUGCACAGAUUCAUUGUGGGAGAUCGGCAUCACUCCAUGACUGAACAAAUCUACUCUAAACUGGAUGAAUUGGAAAGUUCAGUUAGACAAUGUCGACAAGUUCAUACAAGAGAUGAAAGGUCAAAUAGUGUGCAUGAGGAAAGAGGGGAACAGCUUCUUGAUCACAGUGAGCGGCUGGCAAUUGCGUUCGGGCUUAUAUCAAUGCCUGGUAAUCACCCUAUCUUGAUCUUCAAGAAUCUUCGUGUUUGUGGUGAUUGCCAUUGGUUUACAAAAGCAGUUUCCAGUAUCACUAGGCGGGAAAUUGUCGUCAGGGAUUCAAGCAGAUUUCAUCACUUCAAAGAUGGGAAUUGUUCCUGCAAUGACUAUUGGUGACCAACAAUGUUAUGUUGCUGUGUUGAUAUCAGCACUCAUUUCUACUGUAAAAAAUGUGUGACAGAAGAAAUGAUACAAGUUAU